AUGUUCAUGAAGAAAGUAUUCACACAAGUAGUCAAUCUCAGUCCACAGUACAUUGGUGCAAACAUGCAUGGGCUAGUCAGACAGUAUCUCAUAGAAAACGUAGAGGGAACGUGUUCGCCACAUGGAUUCACAAUCACAGUCGUAGACGUACGAUCCAUUUCAGAGGGGGCAAUCAUGCUGAAUGGAUACACCAAAUUCAGAAUAGAGUACGAGGCACUGGUACUAAACCCAGUCAGGGGAGAGGUGGUCGAGGCACCAAUUGUAUCAGCCAACAAAAUGGGCUAUUUUGCAUCAGUCGGCCCACUCUCAAUAUUCAUCUCAACGUACCAGAUUCCAGCAGAGCUCCAGAACACGCUCGCAGCUAACGACACCGUUAGACUCCGCAUCAUCGGAACCAAGGCAGACUCAGAGAAGAUCUACGCAAUCGGAACACUCAAGGACGAGUGUCUUGGGGCUGUGGUCUGA